GGUCACUACCGCAACAGUGAACACUUCGGGACCCCCUUUGACCUUCCCUUUUACCAAUAACGGAAUGACUGUAUAGCGGUCGGCUCUACAGGUUGAGAGCCCGGGUAGGUCUUUUUCUGCUCUCUAACGAGGACCUACUUCAUUUUACAUUCCAUCCAUUCGUCAAGCUUCGUCGAUUUUUAAGCUCGAUUCUUACCGUAUUACGCCAUUAAUCACAAUGGAUAUUCACCGCUGCCGUUUCGUUCCUUUCAACCCUCAAGCGAUUAAUGCGCUCGCAUUCUCUCAUCCCCCGUCCGCAGAGCUUGCGGGACGUGGUGUUCCUACCCUCCGACUCGCCGUUGGUCGCGCAAAUGGCGAUAUUGAAAUAUGGAACCCGAUGCGCGGCGCUUGGUUCCAGGAGACAGUUCUUCGUGGAGGAAAGGAUAGAAGUAUAGAAGGACUUACGUGGACACUUGACCCACCCCAGCCUGGUCCCGAUGGUUCCAAGAUCCCCGGCAAACUGCGCCUGUUUAGCAUUGGAUACUCGACUGCGGUGACAGAGUGGGAUAUCGAGCAAGGCCGUCCGUUGCGUCACUCAAGUGGAAACUACGGUGAGAUCUGGUGCAUCGCAGCUCAGCCAAGGUGGCAGCCGACAAAACGGGGCAAGGAUGGUAAAUUGUUGCCCGCGGCCGAAGGAGAGUAUACCGGACAGCACCUCGCUGCUGGCUGCGCGGAUGGGUCCAUCGUGAUCUUGUCUACCGCUGAUAAUGAUCUGAAGUACCUUCGUCUUAUGCGUCCUUCUACGAAGAGAGCCAGGGUACUUAGUGUCACUUUUCAAGAUCGUAAUACCAUCGUCGCUGGCUAUGCGGACAGCUCGAUUCGUCUGUUUGAUAUCCGGAAUGGUCAGCUCCUGCGAACAAUUUCCUUGGGUAAGGGUCCAACUGGCGGUACGAAGGAAUUGCUGGUCUGGUCUGUGAAAUGCCUGCCCGAUGGCACUAUCGUUUCCGGUGACUCCGCUGGUGAAGUUCGAUUCUGGGACUCUAAGAACUACUCGCUCAUUCAACGACUUCAAUGUCAUUUGGCUGAUACUUUGGAUAUCGCUGUGAGUGCUAAUGGAGAUACGGUUAUCAGCGGAGGUGCGGAUCAAAGAACAGUCGUCUAUAAAAGGAAGGAUGGAGAGAAGGGGGACAAGAAAGGCAGAUGGGUUGAGGUAAUGCACCGACGGUACCAUACCCACGACGUGAAGGCCUUUGCUGUCUAUGAGACGAGGGAUAUUAGUGUUGUUGUAUCCGGAGGACCCGAUGCCACCCCGAUCGUCUUGCCUUUGCGCGAGUUCGGAAAAGAACACCACAGGAAGCUGUCCAGCUUGCCUCAAAUACCGCAGCUUGCAUCAUCGCCCUCCUCUCGACUGGUCAUGAGCUUUUGGGAUAGGGAGAUUAGCAUCUGGCGCCUGUCCCGUGGUCCCACCUCUUUGCAAGAAAAUAUCGAUGGGCAAAGGCAUCGACUUGUUGGAAAGGUCUUGAUCCAGGGCGAAGAAAACAUCACCUCAGCUAUGCUAUCCUCAGACGGAAAGGCCUUAGUUGUCGCUACGAUAUCUAGCGUCAAAGUUUUCGCUGUUCGUCGACGCAAAGGUGACGAGAAAGGAACCCUCCGUAUACAAAAAUUGGAUAUCCCAUCUGCGCUUGCUGAUGAGGGAGCUCGGCUCGUUACCGUGUCCCCUGAUAGUCGGUGGAUCUGCGUCGUUCGCCCCAACAGCUCUACCUAUUUGGCCAGGAUCAAGCCAUCCUCGUCUUCUCAAGACAAGCCUCAGGUCUUGUCCCAGCUUGUCAGGCUUAACAGAGCUACGCGCCAUUCCCGGUUUGAGAAGGCCUCUCAUGGUACCCUGGGCGAGUACGAAAAGACCAUCCGUUGCGCUGUGUUUUCCGAAAAUAGCAAGAUCUUUGCGGUUGGGGAUCUCUCUGGCUGUAUAGAUGCAUGGUCACUGGACAAAACGGCAAAAUCCUCAAAAUCCUCAACAAAAGCCAAUCGUGCUGCAGACUCUGAUGACGAGUCUUCUGACGAUGAUGAUGAACAGCCUGUAGUGGAGGGAGAGCAGUGGAGUCUCACAGCUUCCGAAUCACCAAUCCCUCGUCUUAAGUCUGGCGUGCUACUGUUAUCCUUCCGCCCUUUUAACCCAGCCGGAAAGAAGUUGUUGACCGAUGGUGCCGCUCAGAACCCCAAGGUUGAAAGCCGGUUGAUGGCCCUCACAAGUGAGCACCAACUUGUGGAAGUUGAUGCCCUUGAUGGAAAACUGUCGGAUUGGUCAAGGAGAAAUCCUAAGGCCUUUUUGCCGGCAGAGUUCAGAGGUGUUAAGGAUCGCGCAAUGGGCUGGGUUUGGGAUUUGAAUGAGGCCCGUGAACGUCUUUGGCUAUACGGCACUUCUUGGUUGUGGAUGUUUGACUUGAACCAGGAUUUCCCUUCACCUGAAGAGCUCAGCGCUUCUGCGGAUACUUUUGAAGAUGACGAGGGGUCGAUGCAAGUUGCUAAGAAGUCGUCAUCCCAAAAGCGCAAGCGUGUGCUUUUGGAUGAUUAUGAGCAUGAGAGAAAGAAGACGAAUAGUGGUGCUGGUGACAAGAUUUCAUUAGCGCAGUCAGAUGUCUACUUUGGUUCUAAGAUUCGCAAAAUUGUAGGACGCGACGAGUCAAAGGCAGAAUGGAUCUCUCUCGAGAAGGAGCGUCCUCGUGGUGCAGAUGAGGAUGACGAAGCAUACGAUCACGACGAAGCUUAUACAGCCAAUCAUGAUUCCAGUCUAGCACGUCUAAGGAGAGGAAAUCUUGAGGAGAGCGAAAUCAACACUCCCAAGAAAGGUAGCAAGAAAGCUGUCAAUGGCGAUACCCCUCCUGGGAAACAGUUGGUGCAUGCCGCAGAUAACUCGCAACCAGCACGUCGGUGGUGGCACACAUACAAGUACCGUGAUAUUCUUGGAAUCGUACCUCUAGCUCCUCUGUCAGCUGACGAUGAGCUGCAAGACAAUGGAGAUGCUGGCAACUUAGAGGUUGCAGUUGUGGAGCGACCCAUGUGGGAUGUUGAGCUUCCGGGUCGUUAUGUUAGGGACUACGAGUGAUGAAGUCUCCAUAAGCUACGGUGUAUUGGACUCGACUAAAGAUGUGGCAUUGACAUAUUAUGUGCGGGUCGACAUAGCAAGCGGCUUAUCAUUAUUCGUUUUUUCUCGCUUUUAACACUGUCUGCUGGACGUCCUCCCAGUUGAUAGGGGCCUGUAGUCUGGCGCUUUGUAAAGGAAUAUCCAUUUCUACUUUUUCGGCUAGCAGGAUAUGUCAUUUUAGAGACACAUACAUACAAAAGUUAUCCUUGGAAUGGCUGUGUCUGGUCUAUAACUUAACCCAUUGUAGG